AUGGUGAGUCCCAAGAAAAACUGCUCAUGUGCUGGCAGCCGCUCAUCACUUGUGAUCCAGGUUCCUGAAGAGGCUCGUCUCCGCGUGAUCAUAGUCGGAGCUGGUCUCAGUGGUAUUGCUACCGCGAUUUCAGCUGCACUAUCCGGCCACUCAGUCGAGGUCAUCGAGCAAGCGAGGGAGCUGGCUGAGGUUGGAGCCGGUCUUCAAAUCACCCCAAAUGCAUCCCGGCUGCUUCAGUACUGGAAGCUCCCUUCUUCUCUGUGGGAGGCAGCUGCCGAGCCUACCAAAGUCACCGUGCACAGGUAUUCUGGCGCUGUUCUAGCGCAUGAAAGUUCGUUUGAUAAGGAUAUCCGGGCCAAGUAUAACGCGCCCUUUGUGGACUUGCACCGUGUCGAUCUCCAGCAGUCCUUGGUUACGCGAGCAAAGAACUUGGGUGUGACUUUCCAUCUGGGCGAACGAAUUGACCGGAUCGAUUUCGAUCGUACGAUCGUGCAUUCUGUGGCUGGGAAGCAGUACAGUGGAGAUCUGAUCAUCGCCGCAGAUGGUCUCUGGUCUCAGUGCCGCGAGGCCUACGUUGGAAAGAAAGACGAGCCACUUCCAACUGGGGAUCUUGCAUACCGUAUCGUACUAACGGCGGAUCAAAUAUCCAACCCCGAGUUAAAGGCAUGGGUUCAAAACCCCGAAGUACACUUUUGGGUAGGGCCUGGAGCCCAUGCGGUGGGCUAUUCUCUUCGCGGAGGCCAAAUGUACAACAUUGUCUUGCUAGUACCUGACAAUCUGCCGCCGGGUGUCUCGAAACAGUCUGGCUCUGUGGAGGAGAUGAAGGAGCUCUUUGUGGGCUGGGACCCAAUCCUCAACCAAUUCCUCGACUAUGUGACUACCGUCGAUAAGUGGAAGCUGAUGCACCAUGGUGAGAUGGAGAACUGGGUCAAUGAGAAAUCAAAUCUUGUUUUCAUCGGAGAUUCAUGUCACCCAAUGCUUCCUUAUCUUGCGCAGGGCGCCAACUCGUCGCUAGAGGAUGGUGCAGUUUUGGGUCUUUUGCUAGGACACAUGACCGAUAAAGCACAACUACCACGCAUUCUGCGCCUCUAUGAAAGCCUACGGAAGUCACGAGGUGAGGCUAUUGUGCGGGAGACAUUCAAGCAGAGACAUGACUUCCACUUGCAAGAUGGUGAAGAACAGCAGAAACGAGAUGAAAUUUUUACCUCACAGCUUGGAAAGAAGAUUCAAGGCGCAUUUCCGAGUCGCUGGACAUGUCCAGAAGUACAACCCUGGCUAUAUGGCUACGAUGCCAUCAAGGAGGUCGAGAAGGCAGUGGCUCAGAAUCCCGAUCUAUUCGCACGGCCCACGUCUAGCAAGUCUUUCUGCUCGAUUUUGUAA